UCGCACAUGCUCUGAAAUCUAUCUGCCACUUAAAAUGUACUAAAUGCUCCUUGUAAUUUCAUGUUGCCGUCUACACUAUUUAUUAUGUCACUAGUCUUUGUGCCAUUGGCAAACUUGGAUACGCGGCGCUCAAUUUCCUGAUCGAAGUUAGGGCACCACCAGUCACUUCCUCCCAGGGCUUCUUAAACACGAUCACUUUCAGAUUCGUUUCUUUUCAGGGGAAACAUGGCUGCAGCUGCUCUGACAGACUCUCUAAGGGAAGAGCUAACCUGCUCCAUCUGCCUGCAGGUUUACAAUGAUCCGGUGGUGCUCAACUGUAACCACAACUUCUGCCGUGCCUGCAUUGAAAACCUGUGGAAAGAGAACUGUACUGGCUUUUACUCCUGCCCAGAGUGUCGAAAGCAUAUCAAGGUAAGGCCCUUGGAGAAGAACUUCCAACUAGCAAACAUCGUUCAGAAGUACAAGAGCUUGGCUAUAUUCCAGACCGUAGUUCCCUGCAGCUGCUGCAUCAAGCAGCAGCUUCCUGCUGUUAAAACCUGCCUGAAAUGUGAAAUAUCAAUGUGCCCCACUCACCUCACGCCACAUCAAGAAAAUGUGGAUUUUAAAAGCCACCCUCUCAUAGACCCCAUUGUGAAUGCGGCUGCUGGAAAAUGCACAGAGCACCAAGAGCUGCUGAAGCUUUACUGCAAGGACGAUGAAGUCUGCAUCUGCAGUCUCUGUGCUUUAGUGGGAGACCACAAGGAUCACAAUUUGAUCAGCUUCAGUGAAGCGGUGAAGGAGCUGAAGAGUAAUAUGGAAAAUCAGCAAUCCAUGAUCAAGAUUAACAUCAUCAUUAUUCAAGAAGCUCUGGAGUUUCUUCAGAACAAAAAUCAACGUACUUUGGAGAUGAUGUUUGAAACAAGCAAGAGUAUUCAGGAGAAGUACAAAGCUCGCAGGGAGCAGAUUGAAAAUGAAGAGUUCAUAGCUCUCCAAAAGCUCAGCAGAGAGCAGUGUCGUAUAACAACAGUGAUUCAUGACAGGAUCCUCACACUCCAGAACCAAGUGAAAGAGUAUGAGAAAUCUUUGACUGAUCUGAAUCACAUUGGAACGAAUGAAGAUAUCCUGCUUAUACAGGCAUAUCACUCAAUUGCAUCCAGAAUGAACAAAGCAGCUGAACUUUUGGAUAAAUCAUCCAUUAAAGAGAUGACAAAGUAUCCAAAGGACCAGCAGAGAGAGCUGUGGGACCGAGGAGAGAUGAUCAGACUCUAUGGACGGACGCUGACUCUGGAUCCUGAUACAGCACAUCCCUCCCUCAUUCUGUUUAACAAUAACAGCACUGUUUUGGGAUCUUCAGAUACACAGCCAUAUCCAGGCAGCCCACACAGGUUUAACGGCAAACAACAGGUCCUCUGCUCUUCAGGAGUGAGCUAUGGCCGCUGCUAUUGGGAGGUGGAGACCAGUAAAGCAGUGGGAUGGAAAGUUGGAGUCUGUUACAGAAGCAUCAGUCGAAAAGGGCGGGGUAAUGAAUGUUCUCUGGGACAGAAUGAUAAAUCCUGGUGUGUUCAGUCAGGGGUAUUCUCCUUUUUAGCCUUGCAUAAUCAAUUUAAAACCAAACUACUUAAUUUUAAAGAGCACCCCACCACAGUGGGAGUGUUUGUGGAUUUUGAUUGUGGGAUAAUCUCCUUUUAUAUUGUGUCAGAUGACAAACUAACCCACUUGCACACUUUUGAGCAAACAUUCAGUGAGCCUCUGUAUCCAGCACUAGAGAUAGCUAAUAAUAUAGUUAUGACCAUGUUGACAAUGGAGGACAUUCACUAAGUUUGCACACCGAUAUGUUCAUCUCAAGUUCUCUAGUUAGGAUGGUAUUCAUGUUUCCCACCUCUUCAUUGUGUAGUCCCACAAACCCAGGCUAAAACCUUUGUCAAGGAUCCCCUCUCCCCAUCUUGUUCCCAUCACACCAAUGUUAAAUGCUGACCUUAAUAUUUACUUAAUCUUGAAUUUUCAAGCAAUAAUUGAUCCUGAUAACUGCAAGCAGAAUUCUUCUCUAAAUGUGCUUUCAUCAUUUCACUAAGUGGAUAUUUCUGUUCUAUUUUGGCUUAUUCCUGAAGCAAGGGUGGUAUUUAUUUUUGAUUCCUAAGGCUACUUGUACAGGAGUAGAAGAGGUGCUGCGGGAAUAAAACAUCUAGAAAGCAGUCUAACAACUGGCUCAGUGCUGUUUCCUGGCAAAGCCCUAUUCCUCUGUAGACACAGCAGACCAACUGAAGCUGCUUUAACAAGUCUUUUUUCAUACUUGUUCAUGGAACAAGUGUCAUUUAUUGCCCAUCCCUAAUUACCCUUGAGAAGGUGGUGGUGAGCUGCCUUCUUGAACAGCUGCAGUCCAAUGUAGUAUAGGAGCACCCACAGCGCUGUUAGGAAGGGAGUUCCAGGAUUUUGA